AAAAUAGAAUUUACCAUUGCAAUCCUUUCUCAUUUCGCUAUCUUUCUGUUUCGUAAAUAUCUUUUCUUUUGCCGCGACAAUAUGAUACCGUCUUCAACUCUCCUAUCCCUCGCCGGCGCCUUCGCUCCGGUCAGCUUCUCCGGCGAAAUGGGUCAUCCCCAAACCAACUCUUCUUCAAAACCCAGAAAGGUUUUCACCAGUUUCUGCAAAAAGGCACUUCCUUUGCAACGGCACAGUAUCAAUAGUUUGAAUUUGAAGAGAAGGAACUCACUUUUGAGCUUUGCUUUCGGUAAAGAAGCCAAUGACAACUCUUUCUCGGAUGUAGGUGAAGAUACCGAUGAUAUGUAUGAUGAAUUAUUAAGUAACUAUGGACAAGUAGUAUAUAAGAGAAAAGACCAAAAGCCUGCAAGUGCAGAGAUUGAUGAUGAUUCCGAAAGCCUAUCAUUUGCUGUGGAACUGGCCACGGUUGCAAGUGAGGUUAAGGCAGGGGAUAUAAAGGUCUUGUUUGUGAAGCCACUUGUUUACUGGACUCGAUUUUUUAUCAUAGCUACAGCAUUUUCUCGUCCCCAAAUUGAUGCUAUCGGGUCAAGAAUUAGAGACCGAGCUGAAAAGAAAUAUGGUAAAAUUCCAAAUGGAGACUUGAAACCCAACUCAUGGACCCUGUUGGACUUCGGUGAUGUUGUUGUCCAUUUAUUUCUUCCCCCACAAAGAGCUUUCUAUAAUUUGGAAGAGUUUUAUGGUAAUGCAACAUCAGUAGAGCUGCCUUUUGAAAAUCAACCACCAUUUCGCAAUGAGGGAGCCUACGGUUUUUCGGAUGAUGCAGAAAGUUGAUUAAUUGUUAGCUUUGAGAAGACCAAUAAUCACUGUCAAUUUAAGUUUGUUUACAUUAGCAUGAUGUAAACAAUUCAACACACUUAUCCACACAAGACUUUGCUUGUGUGAUGAGUGGAGGCUCAUUCCAUUGCAGAAAGGAAAGUGACAGUAUCAAUUGAUUCAAUGUUCAGUUUUUUCUUUCUUUCUUAGUAUGGUAUUUCCUCUAAGAAAACUGUAAUAGAUGGGUUUGGAUAAGCAGGGAGGGAAGGGGUAGAAAACUAGAAAAGUAGAUCAGAAUUGUUUGUAUUCAUCAAAUUGGCCAUGUGAAUCUAUCUAUAUUUAUGCAGUAUAGUUUGAUUU